GGCCCCACCCCCGCGGGCUCGCGGUGAACUGAGAUUCCCCUUCCCCUCCCCCGCCCGGCACACGCACACCGCACACACACACACCUUUGCCUCCUCUUCCUCCGGCUCUGGGAGAGAGAGAAAGAGGAAAGCAGAGGACGAGGCGCUGAGCCUGGGCCUCCCGCACCGCGCCGCCGCGCACAACAUGGAGGAGCUGGUGGUGGAGGUGCGCGGCUCCAACGGGGCCUUUUACAAGGCAUUUGUAAAGGAUGUACAUGAAGAUUCGAUAACAGUUGCAUUUGAAAACAACUGGCAACCGGAGAGACAAAUACCAUUCCACGAUGUGAGGUUUCCACCACCUGCAGGCUAUAAUAAAGACAUAAAUGAAAGUGAUGAAGUGGAGGUUUAUUCCAGGGCAAAUGAAAAAGAACCCUGCUGCUGGUGGUUGGCUAAAGUGAGAAUGAUAAAGGGUGAGUUUUAUGUAAUAGAAUAUGCAGCCUGUGAUGCUACGUACAACGAAAUUGUCACAAUUGAGCGUUUGAGAUCUGUGAACCCUAACAAACCCGCAACAAAAGAUACUUUCCAUAAAAUCAAACUGGAAGUACCAGAGGAUUUAAGGCAAAUGUGUGCCAAAGAGUCUGCACAUAAGGACUUCAAAAAGGCAGUUGGAGCUUUUUCUGUAAUAUAUGAUUCCGAAAACCAUCAGCUUAUUAUUUUAUCAAUCAAUGAUGUAACAACGAAGCGGGCAAAUAUGCUGAUUGAUAUGCACUUUCGAAGUCUUCGUACUAAGUUAUCCCUGAUUUUGAGAAAUGAAGAAGCUAGCAAACAACUGGAGAGUUCUAGACAACUUGCAUCACGAUUUCAUGAACAGUUUGUUGUUCGUGAAGACUUAAUGGGUUUGGCUAUUGGCACUCAUGGUGCUAAUAUUCAGCAAGCCAGAAAAGUCCCUGGAGUGACUGCCAUUGAUCUUGAUGAAGAUACCUGCACAUUCCAUAUUUACGGAGAGGAUCAAGAUGCAGUGAAAAAGGCAAGAAGUUAUCUUGAGUUUGCUGAAGAUGUCAUACAAGUCCCAAGAAAUUUAGUAGGGAAAGUAAUUGGAAAAAAUGGAAAACUGAUUCAGGAGAUAGUGGACAAAUCUGGUGUUGUAAGAGUGAGAAUUGAGGCUGAAAAUGAUAAAAAUAUUCCACAAGAGGAGGGAAUGGUACCAUUUGUAUUUGUUGGAACCAAGGAUAGCAUCACUAAUGCAACUGUUCUUCUGGAUUAUCAUCUUAAUUAUUUAAAGGAGGUGGACCAGCUACGUUUGGAAAGACUGCAAAUUGAUGAGCAGCUUCGACAGAUUGGAGCUACUUCUAGGCCACCACCAAAUCGUACAGAUAAAGAAAAAGGGUAUAUGACUGAUGAUGGUCCAGGGCUCGGAAGAGGUAGUCGACCUUACAGAAACAGAGGGCAUAGCAGACGUGGUCCAGGCUACGCUUCGGGAACUAAUUCUGAAGCAUCGAAUGCUUCUGAAACAGAAUCUGAUCACAGAGAUGAACUUAGUGAUUGGUCAUUAGCCCAAGCAGAAGAGGAACGAGACAACUACCUUCGCAGAGGAGAUGGGCGAAGACGUGGAGGUGGUGCAAGAGGGCAAGGAGGGAGGGGUCGUGGAGGAUUCAAAGGAAAUGAUGAGCAGUCACGAACAGAUAACCGUCAGCGUAAUUCAAGAGAUGCAAAAGGGAGAACAGCAGAUGGAUCUCUACUGAUCAGAAUUGACUGCAAUAAUGAAAGGAGUGUUCACACUAAAACAUUACAGAAUACCUCCAGUGAAGGCAGCCGGCUGCGCACAGGUAAAGAACGUAAUCAGAAGAAAGAGAAAGCGGACAACGCAGAUGGUCAACAGCCGCUGGUGAACGGAGUACCCUAAACUGCAUAAGUCUAAAGUCAUAUUUCCUAUACUGUUUCAGUAAUUCCUAUUCCACGUUAGAGAAACUUGUUAGGCCAAAGACAAAUAGUAGGCAAGAUGGCGCAGGGCAUGAAAUGAACAUAUGUUCUCUGUUAGCCUUUUUUUAACAUCAACAGUAUGCAGUUGUUUUCAGAAUAAAAAGUUAUUAAAAUAUUUGCAUAAAAAAUAUCUGAAUUUCCGAAAAUUGCUUUCAAGUACAUAUUGCACUUCAAACAAUUAAAGAACCUUUUUUGUUUGUUUUAAAAAUACUGAGCUGUGCAUUGGUAAACUUUCUGUUCAGUUGUACCAUUUUAACGCACUGGGUCAAAAUCACUGCUCAAUUUCAAUUCUCAGAAUAAAUAGUGUUUGCAGUAAUCAAAUUGGCUUCUGUUUUCAAUCUAACUUACAAGUUCUUCAUGAAAUGCUAUGUCGUUUUAUGUCCUGUGUCACGUUCUGGUCCACCUUUUUCAGUAUUUUAGUGGACCCUGAAAUAUGUGUGAUGUAACAGUUGUCAUUUUCAUUAGCAAAAAAGUUGUAUGAUCUGUGCCUUUUUUAUAUCUUGGCAGGUAGGAAUACUAUAUUUGGAUGCAGAAUUCAGGGAAGAUGAGUUGGUAACACUAAAUGUAAAAUAUAUGUAGCAAUCUUUGUCAGAUGUUAGUACUUUAUAGACAAGUGCAUGCUUUCCAUAAUUUUUUCCUUACAUAAACAUUGGGUUAGGCAGUUAUAAGAAUAGGAAAUUUAUUUUGCACUGAAGAUUUGGCGAAUAGUGUUACUGAAAAAGGGGUUGUAACUUUUUCUUUGUAGGCAGUAUAGAUUUUUAAAAAAAAAAAACUAAAAAAAACCUUUACGUUGUGGAGAACUUAAAGGAAAAAAAAUGAGAAAAAGAAGCAACAACAAAAAAAUACAACUCAUUGUUACUGAGGGAACAAAAGUAAUUUGUUCACAUCUAGUAAUGUGUGCCUGCUGUUUGGCCAGAUGACCAGUUUAAAGCGCUAAUGUUUUUCAUCCUCCCAAAAAGUUCUGCAUUGUUAUUUUAAUUUGGGGACUAUCUCAGGAGAGGUAGAAAGAAAAUCGCCGUCCUGGAAAGUCCUGGUGUAGUAACUGGAGAUGCUGUAGGUGGAACAAAUCCAUCAUACUUUGAGGUACAAGGUCUGAAUUACCAGCCCAUUGGAAUGAGAUGCAGAAUUUGAUCCAAAGUGCAGUGAUACACUAGGGAAGGGUGGGAAGCAGUGGGAGGAGCUGUGCUUUCUUUUAUUUUUCAUCACACAUUAAGCUUAAUGGGCACAGCUAUAUAAGGACCUCUGUUUUAAUCCAUUUUUUUAUUCAAAUUACUCCAGAAUGAGAGCCACUCAUUAUGUACAGAAUUGUACAAACUUGACCUUGCCUCUGAUGUAUUUUGUGAGUUUUGUUUCUUUGCUUCCUACAUUCACUGUUUUCCUUGCAUACAGGUGAGAAUACUAAAAAUGGCAACAAACUGCACAUGAUUUAACAAAUAUAAAAAUGUCUUAAAAAGUAUUGCCAAACAUUAAUGUUGAUUUCUAGUUAUUUAUUUUGGGAAUGUAUAGUAUUUGAAAACAGAAAUUGGUACCUUGCACACAUCAUCUGUAAGCUGUUUGGUUUAAAAUACUGUAGAUAAUUAACCGAGGUAGACUGACCUUGUAAUGUAACUGCUCUUGGGCAAUAUUCUCUGUACAUAUUAGCUACAACAGAUUGGAUUUUAUGUUGACAUUUGUUUGGUUAUAGUGCAAUAUAUUUUGUAUGCAAGCAGUUUCAAUAAAGUUUGAUCUUCCUCUGCUAA